AGCUGCAGUUUUGUUCAAUUUGGGAGCAGUGCACAGUCAGAUGGGUUUGAGUUUGGAUCGAUCAGCUGUGGAGGGGCGAAGGCAGGCAUCACAUUCCUUUAUUGCUGCAGCUGGGGCUUUUGCGUUCCUGAGAGACAAUGUGGCAAUGAAGGCAUCAAUGGGUAGCUCCACCACGGUUGACAUGUCAGUGGAAUGUGCUGGGAUGUUGGAAAGACUCAUGCUAGCUCAGGCUCAGGAGUGCGUUUUUGAGAAUACUAUUGCCAAGGGAAGCACCCCUGGAGUCUGUGCAAAGAUUUCAAGACAGGCAGGGAUUUAUUACGAGGAAGCUUUGGCAGCAUUAAAUGUUGCACCUCUGAACUACCACUUUGAUAAGGGUUGGCUGGCUCAUGUUCAGCUCAAGGCAGCCUUGUUUUAUGCUGAGGCCUGCUAUAGGUACGGUAUGGAGCUCCACGAUAAAGAAGAAAUUGCAGAGGAAAUUGCGAGGUUGAAGAGUGGGAUUAGUGCAUUGUCUGAGGCCAAAAAAACAUCACCAAAGGGAGCAGCGCAGCAGCUCUUGGAUGCAAUUAAUAAGCUCGAGGCUAAUUUAAAUCAAAACUUGGCGAGAGCUGUGAAGGAGAAUGAUAGAGUAUACCUCAUGAGAGUUCCUCAAGCCAGUUCUCUGGCUCCUCUUCCAGCAUUUUCAUUGGUCAAACCUAUGCCAAUGAAUGAUGUCCUGGAUGCAAGCAAGGAGAAGAUGUUUGCCAGUCUUGUUCCUGAUAACAGCGCUAAAGCUCUUUCUAGGUACACCGAAAUGGUUGAUGACGUCAUUAGGUCUCAAGCUGAGAGAUUGCAACGGGGAAGUGAGCUAGCUCGAGUUAGGCUCAGGGAAAUGGACUUGCCUGAUUCUAUUCUUGCUUUGGAGGGAAACUUGACUCUGCCCAUGGCCUUAAAAGAAGAUGUAGAGGCAGUUCAAGUUUGUGGUGGUCCAGCUGGUUUAGAAGCUGAGCUGCAGCAGCUCAAAGAUCUGAAGAGGGUGAACCAGGAAUUACUGGUCCAAACUGAGGAGCUUUUGCAAAAAGAAGCAACAGAAGAUUCUCAAUUUAGAAGUCAAUUUGGAACACGAUGGACAAGGCCUCAAUCUAGUACUCUAACAAAGAACCUACAGGACAGAUUGAACAGGUUUGCAGCUAACUUGAAGCAAGCUGCAGAGAGUGAUGCCAGGAUUGAACGAUCUGUGAGGGAUCAUUCAGCACUCAUGUCAAUCCUUGAUCGCCAUCCAAUUGAAUCAGCUCUUCCAACCUUGGCAAGACCAAUCAUGUCGUUGGAUGCCAAUGAAGAUGCCAUUGCGGGAGCUCUGAAGCAGAGCUUGAGACAAUUAGAAGGUCUUGGUGCUCAGCGGGCAGGGCUCGAAGAUAUGCUGAAAGAGAUGAAGAGAAAGGAUGAUAUACUUCCUAAGCUGAUGACAUCCACUGGUUCCCAUGAGGAUCUAUUCAGAAAGGAGAUUGCAAAAUAUGAUCAUAUUUGUGAAGAAAUUGCACAGAACCUUGAGGCGCAAGAACAACUGUUGCUGCAAAUUCAGACUCAAAAUGAGGAUUUUGCUUCCAUUUUCAAUCUUGAGGAUUAUAAAGCAUCCCGCGAGCGAAUCUAUAAGCAAAUUGAAGCUGCCAUUUCAAAAUACCGAGAAAUAAAGGAGAAUAUCAAUGAGGGAUUGAAGUUCUAUGUUACACUUCAGGAUGCGAUCACAAAUGUAAAGCAACAGUGCAGUGAUUUUGUGAUGACAAGAAACAUACAGUGUCGAGAAAUGAUGGAUGAGGUUCAGAGACAAAUUUCAGGUCUCAGUUUCCAGGACAAUAAAGGUUCAAAUGGCUAUAAUUAUACUUCUGUUCCUCAGUCCCAUCAGGUGCCAAGAUCCAAUCCCCAACCGCCAACAGACCCUGCGAAUAUGCCCAACGCUGUUCGACCCCAGACUCCUACUUACCACCCCCCUCAGCAGCCCGCAAUGGCUGGUAACCCGCAGCAGCCCACGAUGCCUGGUUAUACUCAAAAUCCGCCACCUUAUGGUCCUCCUCAGCAGCCUACACCGCCUUACCAUUUGCAAGCUUCCGGUCCCCCAUAUCCACCGCCUCAACAUCAACAACAACCACCACCGAACCACGAGUAUGGCCAACCUGCGUAUCCUGGAUGGCGGGGUCCCUAUUAUAAUGCACCUCCACAGCAGCCUGCACCUCCUCAGCAACCGGGUUCUAUGCCUCGACCUCCUUAUACCGUCCCUUCUCCAUAUCAUCCUCCUCACCAUCAGAGUGGCUAUUACCGCCAAUGAUAGUUUUCCUAUUUGUCUUCAUGUGCAUCCUUGACAAUUUUGGUCUCAGUAAGUUUUUGAGUCAUUCUCUAAAGGGGAUUCGAUACCCUUGUGGUCCGGCCCUUCCCCGGACCCCGUGCAUAGCGCGAGCUUAGUGCACCGGGCUGCCCUUUUUUUCUAAAGGGGAUUCGAUCAGGUAGUCUUCUCCAUUGAUGCUAGCUCUCCAUUGGCUCACAUUACAACUUAUGCAAGUUAAUACAUCUAGGUUUACUUGUUUGUAUAGGUUUGGUCUCUUUGCAUGAUCAUGCUUUAUUCAGUGCAACUCUCCUCAAAUGUAUUUUGGAUCAGUAAUUUAAAAUUCUAGUGCUUAGUAAACAAUAAAGCGUGAUGUUUAGGUGUUUAUUGA